AUGUCAGGAAAACUCGAUUUACAAAAGGUAACGACAUAUGAUUUCGUUCAACCAUCCCAAGAUAUUUUAAUUGAAAUAAGAAACAUCACACAAACAACUCAAGCGACUAACAACGUUUAUCAAGACUUACACAAUGUCUUGGAAGUAAUCAAAACUUUACAAAGAAAGAUAGAAGAUUUAGAUAAA